AUGAGCAAUCUACUAUCAUGCCCGGGGGCUUACUCUGGUAGCGAUUACUCGGAUAUGUCCGACGCUGCUGGGUUUAGUGGUGCUGUUAGUACGAACGAGGUAGAAAACAAUCUUGUCAAUGAUAUGGAAGAUAUGAAUUUGAGAGACCCCGAUUCUAUGAGGAGGGGCAGAAUAAACAACACAAUAUAUAAGGAAGAUAUACUGACUUCUCCUCUUCUGGGAAAAGAUGUGGAGAGAACUAAAGAAAUAUUGCAGAAAAAGCUACUUACGAACACAUCAUCUAACACACAAG